AAUAAAAAAGAAAAAAACGAAAAUACUGAAAAAUAUAUAAAAUUAUGCCGAAAUGUUUAAUCAUUUUUGCAAAAACUAUUUCAUUUGUAAAGUGAAUAUCAAGAAUUGUGGUGAAUCUAGUCCGUAGUUUUUAGGCAUAGUUUUUUUCCUUUCUGUUUCCCGAGUGUGCAUCAUUUUUUUUUAUAUUCUCGUGAGGCAACCGACACAAUCGACGACAUUCGAGACAACGACGACGACGACAUUGAAUGUAAGAAGCCCGUCGUGUGGUGGUUGGCUGUGAACCCGUUCUGAGAAAGUUUUUUAUGUGAUCUAUCCAUCAUCGUCAUCGUUUACAAAUUUAUUAUUAUUAUUAUUAUUUUUUUUUGAAUUUUAUUAAAAGUAUAAAAAAAAACACGAUUAAUAUAACAAUAAUCCCGCGGAACAUACAAUAUUUGUUAAAAAUAUUUAUUUAAAAAAAAAUUAUAUUCACACAAGACCGAUAGACACAGCGAGAACCGACGACGUGACGGUCUGCUGCAAGUCAUUUUUUUUAUAUAGCUAGUUUAAUUUAUAAUUCAUAAUUUAUAUUAGAAUUUACUUAAAAAUUUAAAAGAAAGAAAGUAGAUGACUUAGCAAAAGGAAGCAAUAUAACUAAGUUCAUUAACAAACAAACAAACAAAAAAGUAAAAAAAAAUACAAAUAGAAAUUAUCAUCAUCACCCCAAAAAAGUGUGUAAAUAGCUAUCACACAGAGAACCAAUAGUUUUAUAUCGAAAGGAGUUUAAAGUUUGGGUUAAUAAAGAUGGAUGAAUCGCACCCAAAAACAUUAUAUGUGGGUAAUUUAGACUCAUCGGUAGCUGAAGAUUUACUGGUUGCCCUAUUCGGACAAAUGGGACCAGUUAAAAGUUGUAAAAUAAUACGUGAGCCCGGCAAUGAUCCGUAUGCAUUCAUCGAAUAUACAACUUAUCAGUCGGCUGCAACAGCAUUGACUGCCAUGAAUAAACGAUUAUUCCUCGAAAAGGAAAUUAAGGUUAAUUGGGCAACAAGUCCAGGCAAUCAGCCAAAGACAGAUAUUAGUGCACAUUAUCACAUAUUCGUUGGUGAUCUUAGUCCAGAAAUCGAAACAGAGACUUUACGUGAAGCAUUCGCACCGUUUGGCGAAAUAUCGAACUGUCGAAUUGUUCGCGAUCCCCAAACAAUGAAGUCCAAGGGAUAUGCUUUUGUUUCAUUUGUCAAAAAAGCCGAAGCAGAAACAGCGAUACAAACAAUGAAUGGCCAAUGGAUUGGAUCACGAUCCAUCCGAACGAAUUGGUCCACAAGAAAACUACCACCGCCACGUGAAUCGACUAAAGUCGGUGCGAAUAAGUCCGCUAGUCGGCAAACAUUCGAAGACGUAUACAAUCAAUCUAGCCCUACAAAUACGACAGUCUACUGUGGUGGAUUCCCGCCGAAUGUUAUUAGCGAUGAAUUAAUGCACAAACAUUUUAUGCAAUUUGGCCAGAUACAAGAUGUGCGAGUGUUCAAGGACAAAGGAUAUGCGUUCAUUAAAUUUAUGACAAAAGAGUCAGCGACUCGUGCUAUUGAACACACACACAAUACCGAAGUACAUGGCAAUCAAGUGAAAUGCUUCUGGGGCAAGGAGAAUGGCGGUGACAAUUCAAUGAAUGCUACAGGUGCUGCGAUUAUAGGCCCAGGAGGUGUACCAUCGCAGCAAGCAACACUACCAGGUCAGGUAAUAACACCACAAGCAGCCGCCCAAUAUCCAUAUGCGGCAGCGUAUCAACAAAUGGGUUACUGGUACCCACCAGCGGGAUACCCAGCUCAAAUGCAGACUCAAUACAUGCAGCAAGGAUAUUAUCCAUAUGCUUAUGCAGCCAGCGCUCAACAAGGAGAUGUACUUACUUUAAAUGAUCUAAUUUUAGCCUCUUAUCGCAUGGUACAGCCAAAUGUCGCAUGGGGUGUUCCAGGUGCAGUUGUACCAGGAGUGACUGCGGCUGCUUCGGCAGCGGCCGCAAACGGUAGUCUGGGACCUCAAAUGAUGUACAGUGCCGCCAUGCCACAAUAUCAAACGCAAUGAGAUUGAGAUGAUAGGAUUAACAUCAGUAGCUGCGGCGCGAGCAGCAGCAGCUUAUCCUCAACCUCGUCAUCAUCAUCUGUUAUUCCUGGAUUGGAUGCGUGCAUAACAGAAAUUCACUCAUUCUAUUCCGGAAAUGAGCAAACAAAUAUAAUUCCAACAACAAAAACAACAACAACUACACACAUAUUGAAAUUUCCCUAUACAUAGCAUCAAAUACAAAUACACACACAUUUUUUGAUCUACACACAUAAAUACACCCACACAUAUACAUUUCCUAAACUAAACAAAUAAAAAUACAAAAAACAAUAUACAUUCUGCUACCACCCAACACACACACACACAAAGAAACAAAAUCUGAUGUGCGCCGCCAAGCCGCCCAAACCAUAGAAGUUUAAGGUCGUUAUUAAUGAAAAUUUUUAAAUUAUAAUUCAAAACUAAAAAAAAAAAACAA